AUGGCGACGGGGGGUGUCAGUAUGCCCACUCCGAUGGACCUUGACGGUGCCAAUGACACCGACACUCGCAACCAGUUUGACAAACAGAUUGCCGAAGUGCAGGCCUUGAUGGAAAAACCGUUGAAGGAUGGCCAACGCGGCUAUGCGGUUUCUAUGUCAUGGCUGAAGCUUGUUUUUGCUCGAAGCACAGAGUACACAGACUUGGCGGACAAGGAUUCCUUCGGUAAGGAACUGGGUCCCGUGGACAACUCCGACCUGAUCCUGGACAUUGGCCCCCAAGAGAACCUGAAAGAUGAGACCGGACAAGUCUUUGUACCGAUGCGCCCGGAUGUUACACUGGAUCAAGAUUACCGAAUUGUGCCCGCGAAAGCCUGGCACUUGAUCGUCAAGUGGUAUGGUAAGCCCGAGGGAUCGCCUAUUAUCCGCUAUGCCCACGAAACCAACCCCGAGGGCGAAUCUGUCGUAAUCUACGAACUCCGUCCUCCGUUUGUGUCUUUAUUCAAGUUGGCAAACCCCUCUUUGGGCGUUACUCCUCAAACAUUGAAAGAAAAGUCGAAAUCGCCCCCAAAGGCCAUAGCUGGCCGUCAGAUGAGCUUCCAGAAAUGGCUCAAAGAAGCCAAGCUGCAAACUGGCAUUCCUAUGUCUACAAAGGUCCGUGUCUGGAAGAUUCGCGAUGGGCUCCCCAGUAUCAACGCGUCGCAUGUUAAUACCCCUUCGGGUUCUCGCGCUGCCUCGCCUGCCCCACCAGCAGCACUCCUCUCCUCCACCCAAAAGAGCAUGCUGGUGGAUCUCAACUCUUUCCUUUCUCUCGAUGAGGGAAAUCAACGCGAAGUGAUCGAUAUCAAAGACCAAACCGACAACCCAAAGUACAAUGGUAAGAUGUCGCUAAUCAUGGCGGGCUUGGUGGAAACAGAUACCGUGGUUCUUGAGCAACAGGUCGGAAGUAAGGGCGAAUGGAUCUCUGAGGCUUCGGCUGCGACCUUGAAAAAGCUGGGCAUUCCUAUCGAGAAAGUGAAAGCCAAGAAUGAGAAAGAGACGCCUUCCGCUCGCAAGCCCGACGUUGCACCAACGAGCGGCCGUGAUAGCCCUGCAGUUGAGCUGCCGAAAGGCACAAAACGCCGUCCCGACCCCAAGCUGGGCCGUACCGGCCUUGACAACCUGGGCAACACCUGCUAUCAAAACGCAGCUACACAAUGCCUUCGAGCUGUUCAAGAAUUGAGUAUUUACUUUCUUACAAACUCGCACAAAGCCGACUUGAACUACACCAACCCCCUUGGCUACAAUGGGAGACUCGCUUCUGUGUAUGCUUCACUGCUCCAAAACAUCUACCGUGAACCGAAAGACCACUUUCGGCCCUCCAACUUUCGAUCUGCAGUUGGUAGAUUCAAUCCUAUUUACAGCACGUGGGAGCAGCAUGACAGCCAGGAAUUUCUCUCAUUUGUUUUGGAUGGCCUCUCGGAAGAUCUGAACACCAUCGAGAACAAGCCUUACAUCGAGAAGCCCGACUCCACGGCAGAGAUGGUGCACGACCGCAAGCUCCUUGAAGAGUUCGCGUCUAAACACUGGAGCAUUUACACUGCCCGGAACGAGUCUCCCAUUGUUGACUUGUUUUCCGGCAUGUACAAAUCAACGGUCGAAUGCCCGGACUGCUCAAAAGUCAGCAUCAAGUUUGAGCCUUACACUAGCCUUUCCUUGCCCAUUCCACAUGACAGUCACAUUGUUUACCGCGAAGUCACCUACGCACCUCUUGCGUCGCCUCCUAUCAAAUUCACAGUAGAGGUUAGCAAGAGUGAUACAAUCCCCCAAUUCCGCAAGAAAGUCGCAGAGAGGAUGGGCUCAGAUCCAAACAAGCUUAUUGGCAUGGAUGUCGAUGAUGACGGUGGUGUCUGGUCAUUCUUCACGAAUGAGAGGUCAACUUACUAUGAUCUCGGCCUGAAACCUGCUGACCGCGUCAUAUUCGUUGAGCUGGAUGUUGCUGCUGACGAAGAUCGUCUCCUUGUUCCUAUCUUCCACCGUGGGUUUGGUGGCAGUAGCCCGGAAAGGCCACCUCCAUCGGUCCUCUCCUUCACCAAGGAGGAGACGCAUGAUCUGGCUGCCAUUUACCGGAAGAUCCUGCGCUACGUGUCUACACUGACUACGCGAGAUAUUUUCUCCAAUGCGGCUCCCCAAAUCAAAGCAGCGACCAGCUCAACCGAGGAUUCGGAUACAGUGGAACUGACUGAGGAUGAUGCGAAAUCAGCCGAUUCCAGAAUAAAGACUGAUUCAGUAUCUGUGCAAGACGGGACUACACCUGGCGGUGACUCUACCGAAGACACCGAGCCUUCUCCUGCGAAUCCUCCUCACGUCCUGGCGGGAACCAUCGCCCCUCAUUUGUUGGAGUUGUUCGAUGUUGAAUACAUUCCUGCAUCCUACAGCCAGGACCUCAUCACUGGACGCUACAGAGAAUGGAAGAAGCCUCAGAAGCCAAUCAUCUCCCGCUUGAAGCGAUCUCCACCGAAGACCUCUUCAGCCAGCUCUGGCGACUCCGACGACGAGAGCACAGGAUCCCAGCCCGAGAAUGGCGGCCAACCCGCAGUCUCUUCCGGUCUUGUACAGGAUAAGCCAUUUAUCUUCGAAAGAGAAGGGCUCAUCCUCAGCUGGAACAAAGAGGCCCGCGAGGCGCUAUUCCUCGACCCCGAAGACGGAAAAUCAACACACCAGAACCCUCCAUACGUCCGCGACCAAAGCCUCGAGCAAUCAAGAGCUGCCCGUGCGGCUAAGAAAGCUCGAGGCAUUUCGCUGGAUGAUUGUCUUAAGGAAUUCAACUCGGAGGAAAUUCUCUCCGAGAACGAUGCUUGGUAUUGCCCUGACUGCAAAGAGUUCCGCCAAGCCAAGAAGAAGUUGGACAUCUGGUAUGCUCCAGAUAUCUUAGUGAUGCACUUGAAGAGGUUCACAUCGAUCGCCUCGUCCGGCAAAGGUGGGCUUAGGACUCCCACCAAAUUCGACCAGGUGAUCGAUUUCCCGCUCGAGGACCUCGAUAUCUCGAGCUACAUCUCGGGGCCGAAGACUGGCAAGUCGACCAAGUACGACUUGUUCGCGAUUGACUGCCACUCGGGGACCCUCCAAUUCGGCCACUACUACGCGUACGCGAAGAACUGGGUGACCGGUGACUGGUUUGAGUUCAACGACUCAAGCACCUCUCCGAUCCGUGGGGACAUUCGAAAACGAAUUGUCACAGGGUCGAACUACCUCCUGUUCUACCGCCGCCAGUCAGAUGUCCCCCUCGGCGGUCCUCGUUUUGAGAAGGCCAUGAACAUCUAUAAUGGCCUCCAGGAGGACCCUGAGGAGGAGUCUGAGAAUGGCGACCGUGUGGUGGGGACUUCCUCGGCCCCGUCACAGCCGAUCUUGGACCAGCCGCCAUCCUGGUCUUUCAGUCGCCGUGAAGAUGACGACGACGAGGGCAGCAGUCGCCGGCUGCCUGGGGAUAUCAAUGGUGAUGAUGACGGCGAUCUGUUCUCUGAUGAGAACAGCAACAUUGCCAUCGGGGGUGGCAGCAACUCGGAUGCAGGGGAGCGUCUCGAGGGACUGACCACCCCCGGCGUCGCUUCGGACAACGAAGCGGCGUUUGAGGACGUCCCGCCCCUCCUUAGCGAGGGCUCUGAUGAUGAGCUUCCCGUCGUUGAGCUCAAGGUGGGCGACGACGGGAAGCUCAAUGAUGAAUGA